AAUACAUUUAUUAUAGUAUAUAUAUAUAUAUGAUGACAUUAGAGACUAUCCCAACUACAUGUUGACAAAGAGCAAAACAAUGUCACUUACAAAUUAGGGGGGAAAAGUUUCUUCCUUCCUUCUCCACUUUGAAAUUAGUGAACAAGGAGAGGCCAACUAGUAUAUACAUAAUAUUUAUAUAAACCUUUUAGAUUUUUUUUUUUGUGAAAUCCAAGAUGGGAGAAGAGUACUUUGUAGAAAAAGAGAAAAUGGAAGAAAAUUUAGAACAAGUGUCAAAAAUCCACUUUGUUUUAAUACAUGGAAUUAGUGGAGGUGGAUGGUGUUGGUACAAAAUCAAGUCACUUAUGGAGAUUUCAGGUUAUAAAGUUACAUGUCUUGACCUUAAAGGUGCUGGAAUUCAUCCUCAUGAUCCUACCACUAUUAUUUCCUUUGAUGAUUAUAAUCAACCUCUCAUCAAUUUCUUAUCAUCUUUGCCUCUAAAUGAACAGGUAAUUUUGGUAGGACACAGUGCUGGAGGACUUAGUGUCACAGAUGCAACUCACAAAUUUCCCAAAAAAGUAAGGAUGGCAGUGUAUAUUGGAGCAACUAUGUUGAGAAAUGGAUUUGUGACUGAACAAGAUGUUAAAGAUGGUAUUCCAGAUUUAUCUGAUUUUGGUGAAGCUAUUGAUGUAUAUGACAUGAGUUUUGGAUUAGGAGUAGAGCAACCUCCAACCAGUGCAGUCAUCAAGACAAGUUUACAACGCAAAAUCAUUUACCAAAUGAGUCCAAUCGAGGAUUCAACAUUAGCAGCCAUGUUAUUGCGUCCUGGACCAAUUCAAGCUUUAGCUAGUGCUCGAUUUAAAGAAGGGGAAGGUGCAGAGGAAGUGCCUAGAAUAUACAUAAAAACAGCGUACGAUCGAGUGGUGAAGCCAGAACAGCAAGAUGCAAUGAUUAAGAAAUGGCCUCCAAAGAAUGUGUACACAUUGGAAAGUGAUCAUAGCCCAUUCUUCUCUGCUCCACUCUUGUUAUUUGGAUUGCUUAUCAAGGUGGCUUCUUCUAUUGGGUGCAAUACUGAUUGACAUACUCACAUCUCAUAUACUUCCAACUUGUAUAUACUAUAGAGUGUGGUUUACUCUUCUUUGCAAAGGGGAUUUAACUCCCCAAGUAUUAAUAGAAUUGAACAAUUGAAAGACAAUAAAAUAUUGAGGAAUUAAUAUGUCAAUGUGGUUAUUUACUUGCAUAUGUGCAAUGAUAAACAUGUGUAGUCAAGUUAAAUUUAUAAGAAACUGUUCAACCUUAGCUUAUCUA